AUGGAGCUGUUUAUUUUAUCAAUACUCAUAUUUGCAACCGAAGGUUCGGUUAUACCUAACCCAGAAACAACAUCAGUUCGUCCUAUGAUUUGUAACAAUGAUACGAACUUCCAAUGUGUCUGUGGUCCUGAACCUCCCAUAUCUAAAGAACCUAUUUUAUGUGAAUAUUUCAUUCAAUCGAGAGAACUGCCUGUUAUUGAUAUGAGGGCUAGAGAUUUAAAUCUUGAGGCUCAUCUACAUACCAAUGAAAAUUACGAAACUUAUUUCAAACGAAGGAUUGCUCAAAUAGUAUCCGCUUACUGCGAACGACAAGUAAAUGAAUGUCCAGGAGUCACACUAUACGUGCCCAAGGGCGGGGACCCGCGCUUAGAAGAUGAUAAAUCUGUUCUCUAUGCUGCUGAUGAGAAUGAACCUCCUCUAACACAGGAAAACGUCGUCAUCCUCAAAGUUGAGAAGGAGCCUGGCAACAUUACUAGAAUUCAAUUCGUUAUCACGCGUUCUCAGCUGGUGGAAUCUUUAGCAGACAGCCAAAUCAUUGAUCCUAUGAAGGUCAAAGUGAUACUUGGAAGUCAGGCGGUGCCUCUUUCACGUAUUCUAGGUGGUAUCAAGUUAGAAAGUGUCAGAGUAACACGUAUGAAGAGAACUCUACGUCCUGAAGACACAGACAACAAAAAGUUAAAAGUGAUGCUUCUUAUUUUCGGUCUUUUCUUCGGAGUUUGCUACAUCAUCGGUGCUAUUCGCAUAUACAGGGACUGCAAGAAACGUAGAAAACAACGAAAAGAUGAGGAGGGUCUCGCAGCAACGACCACUCUACCCAACUAUGGAACGCUCAAUAAAGAUGAAUCAAAGCCAGAUCGAAAUGGAUCAAUCACAAUAGCACCUCCCAUACGUGAACAAGGACAAUAUACUCUAAUAGAUGAAACCGACUCAUAUCAAAACGCUGAACCAAAAAUUCUGACCGAGCGCCAAAUGAAAUUCAUGUUCAUGUGCGAUCCAUCACAACUGCCCAGAGAACCGACGUUCAACUCACAAGCUGAUCUAGAAAACACAGAAAACAAUAAACCCAUUAGCAGUAGCAAGCUUCAACAGCAACAGGCACACCCUAUCACUCCCGCGUUUCCUUUGAGAAAAGAAUUAAUCAUCGAGGAGUCCAGAGAAACUGUUCCGGCAGUAGUAGUUGUUUCAUCCGCUUCGAUACAUGAGGAUCAAAUCAAACUACCCAGCUUAGAUGAUAUAAAUAAUCCAGAGUCUGGUAAACUUUUACUGGGAAGUGAGAGUCCUCCGCUCGAAAGACCACAAUCGAGACGUGGCAGCAGAGUCGAUGAAGAAGAAAUAGAUCUCACAGAAAUAGGAGUAUCAAGUGCUCCUAUAUUUACUGAUCUUGUUAUUCCCGAUAGUAUAAAAGCGGAAGAAACACCUUUAUCACCUGAGCAUUGGUCUAGCAGCGAAGGAGAAGCUGAGUUAUACUAUAAGAUGAGCGACGAGGAAGAGAUUCAAGGAGAUAAAUGGGCAUCGCAUUCAAAUCACGAAUCAGAUGAAGAAAACGAUAAAGAAGAAGUUCAAGCAGAGCAUGAAGAGGGUGAUAACUUUGUAUACGAAAGACUGAGAGAAGAAGCUUCGCCCGUACCACCACCUCACGACACCAAAGAAAAGGAUCAUCAAAUAUCGAGCUACUGA